GACAGCUGCGGUUGGGACAACACGGAUAUGAUCUCACGCUCUUAACGUUUAAAGGUGAGGGAUGAAACCGCUGCUUUACAUCAUGUUCCAUUAAUUCAGCUUUACUUGAUUCUUAUUCUCCUUUAGGAAAACCAUGGAGGGCGCCGCCGUGUCGGGGAGCUCCCAUCAAUAUUCCUCCUCCUCAAUGAACUUUACCUCCCCCUCCUCCUCUCCAUCACCUCCACCUGCAGACAUGUCCCCCAACCGGCCGUACGUGGCGGCUGAGCUCAUCAUCGCUCUUUUAUCCACCGUCGGUAAUUUACUCGUCUGCGCCGCUGUGGCUCUAAACCGCCGCCUACGCACCGUUACCAACUACUACCUGGUGUCGCUCGCGGUGGCGGACAUCUGCGUGGGUGCCGUCGCCAUCCCCUGCGCCAUCCUGACCGACGCCGGUCUGCCGCGUCACAACUUCUACCUGUGCCUGCUCAUGCUGAGCGUUUUGAUCAUGUUCACACAGAGCUCCAUCUUCAGCCUGCUGGCCGUGGCCGUGGAGCGCUACGUCGCCAUCUUCAUGCCCUUCCGUUACUGCGUCCUGAUGACGCCUCGCAACGCCGUCCUGGUGAUCUUCGCCACUUGGCUGCUGGCCUUCCUCAUCGGCCUCGUGCCCCUGAUGGGCUGGCACAAAACGCCGCCCGAUUCCGGCAACUGUGUCUUCGUCCUGGUGGUGGACAUGACCUACAUGGUGUAUUUCAACUUCUUUGCAUGCGUGCUCACGCCGCUGCUCGCCAUGUUCCUAAUCUAUGCUCGGAUCUUCAUUGCGGUCAAGCAGCAGAUGCGACGCAUCGGGCCAGAGCAGGGCGGCCGAGGGGCGGCGCGUCAAACCAGAGCCGCAGCUAGCAUGCGCCGGGAGAUAAAGAUGGUGACGUCUCUCUUCCUCAUUCUGUUUCUCUUCACGGUCUGCUGGAUCCCGCUUCAUGUCAUCAACUGCUUCCUGCUGCUCUGCCCUCGCUGCUCCGUGCCGCUGGAGCUGCUGCUCACCGCCAUCAUCCUGUCACACGCAAACUCCACCAUCAACCCCUUCCUAUACGCGUACACCAUGACGGCUUUCAGGGACACGUUUAAGGACAUUUUCUUGUGCUGCAGGACGAUGAGCAGCAGGAAUAACAUCGCUGAGGAAACAAAUCUCUAAACUAAACGUUUGUCAUCUCACCCCUCAGAUUUGACAGCAGGGAGCCUCUUCUUAAGAUCG